GUAUUAGAAUAAAAUCCUGGAUCUGCCAGCGUGUAAGACGGUUGAAAAUUUGGUGUUACAUAUAAUUAACAUGUACAAGUUAUUUUGUAGGCUUCUAUUUUCUGGAGGAAACUCAACAAGGAGGGGGCUGCAGGGUGGAUGCUCAGCAACUAACAUAAUAGACAAAUGUUGGAGGUGCAAACCCGACUGGGACAAAGACCGCCAAGCCUUAGCCAAAUGUGCAGCGGGUUUCGCAAAAGGAACCACUGGGGGCUCGGGUGGUGAAACCUAUAUUGUCAAGGAUCCUAGUGAUGCAGACGCUGCAAAUCCAGCGCCAGGGACGCUUCGAGCUGGUGUCGUCCAAGGCAAACCUUUGUGGAUCACCUUUGAGAAAGAUAUGGUAAUCACACUUACACAAGAGCUGGUUAUAAACAGCGACAAGACGAUUGAUGGUCGAGGUGCAAAAGUUGAGAUCACGGGUACAGGUCUCACAUUAUUCAAUGUUAAAAAUGUCAUCAUUCAUGGAUUAAACAUUCAUGAUGUAAAAGAAGCUCCUGGUGGAAUGAUAAAGAACUCGGAUGGUCCACCGGGUAAAAGAGAAAAGACCGACGGUGAUGGUAUAUGCAUUACUGGUUCGACAAAGAUAUGGAUCGACCAUUGCUCCCUUAGUAAGGGUGUAGAUGGGCUCAUUGAUGUCACAUUGAAAAGCACAGAUGUGACCAUUUCCAAUUGCAAGUUCACUAACCACCAUAAAGUAAUGCUGCUCGGGGCAGACAACUCGCAUGCGGAAGACAAGGAUAUGAGAGUCAAUCUAGCGUUUAAUGUAUUUGGCGAAGGAUGUGACCAAAGAAUGCCUAGAUGCCGAUUUGGAUUUUUCCAAAUUGUUAACAACAACUAUGAAGGAUGGGGAACGUAUGCCAUUGGCGGUAGCGCCGCCCCAACUAUCCUUAGCCAGGGCAACCGGUUCUCGGCUCCAGCCGAAGCCAUUAAGAAAAAUGUGUUGGUGAGGACCGAUGCACAAGAGGAAGAGUGGAAGAAGUGGAAUUGGAGAACAGAAAAAGACACUCUUUUAAAUGGAGCUAUCUUUUUGGCAUCCGGGGUUGACCCUCAGUUAACCCCGGAACAACAGGGCGGCAUGAUUGCCGCUGAACCAGGUGAAUCUGUACCUCAACUCACCAAUGCUGCUGGUGUACUCCCGUGUGUGGCCGGGCAACCUUGUUAAGCACCUUAAGAAUGCAUUUCUUAAUUUGCUAUGUAAUAAGGUAAGGAAAAUGAAGCCUUACAUUCUAUUAACUUGUCAUGAUUAGACUAACUUUCAAACAAGUGGUUUUGUACUCUUAACAUGUAUCAAAUUAUGUUGAUAAAUGUAUAUACAUUUGUGUUUAGAUGUAAAUCAUUUCUCUCAGAUUGAAACACAUAACUUAGAG